UUUUGUCAAAUUACCGCGGACCCUCAGUCAGCCUGUGACCGCGUGUGGCCGUGGUGGUGGUGGAGCGAGCGCCGGUGUUGUACUGCACUUGUGCGUCCCCUUCCGCGGCCCUGGCACCCGCCGUGGCUGCGGCGAUGUCGGCCGUGGCGCGGCGCGCGUGCGCCCGCUACGCGCAGUGCGUGAGCCGCCACCCGGAGCUCACGGCGCAGCUGGAGAGCGGCUUCCGCAGCCUGUCGUACGUGAUGGCGGGUCGCUUCCCGGACUCGGCGGAGCUCUCCGAGCUGGUUUACUCGACGGCAAACCUCCUCAUCCUUGUCAACGACAGCAUCUUGCGCAAAGCCAUCAGACGGCCACUACCUCUGUCGCUGUCCCACGGGCGCCUGAUCACUUGGCUCACGGUGCUGGAGUACGUGGAGGUGUUCUCGGAGAUGGGCGCCGCGCGCCUCUGGGGCCCGGCCGGACGUUGGCUCAUCAUCGUGCUGGUGCAGCUCGCCAAGGCGGUGCUGCGCGCCCUGCUGCUCUUCUGGCACAAGGCCGGGAUCCAGCCGUCCCCUCCCAUCGUCCCACUCGACAGAGAUGCGCAGCCCUCCCCGCCGGCACACGGGGCAGACUGCGAGAGGAGGGAGGGAGAGGGCGGGAGCCUGGAGCCAGAGUCUCUCCCCGCGGCCCCCUCCACCUUUCAGGGCCGCAGAUCUCAGCGCGUCAUCCGCUCGCUCCACCACACCCCCCCUCUGGCACUGCGUGAGUGGGGCGCCCCCCAGCGCGAGGCGGCGGGGGGCUCCGCUUCCCGCGCCCGUUCCGCCGACCAGCCCCCGACGGUGUUGGGGCGCCAGCGUGUCACGGCCGAGGCUCUGCACGUGGCUCGUCCCCUGCUGCACCUGGCGAGCCUGGCGGCGUGCGGAGAGAAGUCGUGGAAGCCGUGGCUCCUCUCUGCCGCGAUGGACAUCACCAGCCUGAGCCUGAUGGGCGACCCCAAGGAGUUGAACACGAGUGAGCGCGGAGAGCUGCGACGUCGCACCCUCGCGCUGCUCUACUACCUCCUGCGGUCGCCCUUCUACGACCGCUACUCGCAGGCGAGGAUCAUGCUGCUGCUCAGGAUCCUGGCCGAUUACAUCCCGGGCUUUGGCUGGGUCGCUCGACCAUUGAUCGAAUACCUCCCAGCCUGGCAAAAAGUCUACUUCUACAUGUGGAGCUAAGGAGCGAGGCGACGGACGGAGCGCUUGCGUGGCACCGGCAACGUGUCCCGGGAACGGAUCGCGCGAGGGCGCUGUCGGUCCAAACAUCCUAAUGGUUUGAAACAGCCGAUGACGAAUGGUAGCCGGACUCUAAUCAAAAUAUCCUAAUGGUUUCAAACAGCUGCCCAACGAUUUGCACAAAUUGCAUUUGUCUGGAAUCACAAGUGAUUUGAAACACGAGCGAGAGAUGCCUUGUAGGCGUUGGUAGAAAAAAAGUAAUCUGACAGACGGAGGUUUUUCUGACCAGUGUCGCUUUCACGCUUUCUGAGCUGCGCGGCAAAUACGCGGUGCGGAGGGCGGUGGUACGGUGUGACACACGGCACAGUGUGACGUACGUGUAGCACGGUGUGAUGUGCGGCACGGUGUGAUGUGCGGCACAGUGUGACGUACGCGUAGCACGGUGUGACGUGCGGCACGGUGUGACACGCGGUACGGUGUGACACGCGGCACGGUGUGGCGUGCGGCACGUUGUGGCGUGCGGCACGGUGUGGCAGGCGGCAGGGUGUGACACGCGGCACGGUGUGACACGCAGAGCACGGUGUGACACGCAGAGCACGGUGUGACACGUGGCACGGUGUGACGUGCGGCACGGUGCGACGUGCGGCACGGUCAGAUUUUGGCAACUUUGGAAAAAUUACCGGAGCAAAUUACUGUGCUCGGUCGAGCAGAGCAAUAGCAACAUCUACCACCGUACCGGCAGAUAUCCCAAUUGCAGGCCAGUGCUGCCAUCAGCUUUUGCUGCAAAGGGAGGGCUGCCACCGGGGAGGGGUGGGGGGCCCAGCUGGGCAUUGAAACUUUGAGAUGAGACGAGAUGCAAGAUGCCUGCGGCAGCUGUGCCCAGACGCAGCAAGUGUGAUUGCGCCUGUCCCCUUGAAUGGCUCAGUGACUCCGGCUUUGUGACUGCUGCAGUGCCUGGGCGUGGCUCCGGGCGACGGUGCGCAGUGUUGUGACUCGUGGUGUUGUGACCCAUGGUGUUGUGACCCGUGGUGUUGUGACCCGUGGUGUUGUGACUCGUGGUGUUGUGACCCAUGGUGUUGUGACUCGUGGUGUUGUGACCCAUGGUGUUGUGACUCGUGGUGUUGUGACCCGUGGUGUUGUGACUCGUGGUGUUGUGACCCAUGGUGUUGUGAUUCGUGGUGUUGUGACUCGUGGUGUUGUGACU